UUGUGAACGCAAGGCGUCGCUCCACACUUAACGUUGGAUAGCCUCAACGUCCUGUGAUACAUCUAACGUUAUAUUAGAUUUGGGGAGCUAUGAGAUAUAUUUUUGUUGUUUUUGCCAUACUGCUUUUGUAGAUUAGUUCUUUCCUCACAACCCUUGUUCACAAUACUUCGCUGAUCCCCCAUCUGCUUGACGUUGAAGAACGGCCGUUGUGUUCCGGUGGGGGUGUGGCCGGCUGUUGUGACGGCGUGUUGUCCGUGGCUACCUCACGUCAGACAACAGGGCGCGCUCCACACGAUCCUCUCUCCACGCUCACUUCUCUCCAAUGGACAAGCCACGAAACUCCAGGCUACUCCCCACUCAACCAGCUCUCUGUAAAUUACGUCUGUAGCCAACACAAAAUCGAUCGCCAGAGAAAGUAUAACACUCGACCGGGGAAGGUUAUACUCGCAUCGGCACGUGCAUUUGAGAGGGGAAAUCCUGGAUUUUUGUUUCACGAUCUCCGAGGUAAUUUUCAACACAAUAUCCCCGACUGUAAUGAUUAGCUGAGCUUGUUUAUUAUUUGAAGAUCAACAUUCAUCAGAGCACUGAUCCACUGAGAUAUUAUCAACUUGCACAGCACUUAGGGAGAAAAGGGCAUAAGGUUUCGGACUGCUUGGGGGAAUUUUUGGUGAGACGGAUCUCAGGAUUUUGGAAAUUCGAACCCAGGAUUUCUUGCCAACUUGGCAAAGCCUGGCUUGGAUUUGGCACGUCGGACACUACCGAGUCAUCUCGCCAGUUUCUUCGGCCUGUCUUCAGCAAGAAUAACAGCAACAACAUUGUCUUGAAGACCUAAAGAAGAAGAUCGGUCAGUGAGGAGGCGUCCCAGGGCAGCUGCUUGGAGAAGAUUCGAAGCCAACAUUCCAGAUUUGCAGUGUCGUCAAAUCUUGUUUGUGAGAUUCACACACCACCAGACAAGCUUUAUUAGUUCGUCAAACCUUCCCAGGCGAAGGGAAGGUUUAUAUUUCGGUGUUUGGCCGUUUGUUGAGGGGUUUCCAGGGGGAUUAACGUCAGAAAAGCCGCCGUUCCAGCCGUUCUGGUACGCGAUUGUGCCGCUUGACUUCUGAGGGACUCGAGAGGCUCUCAACCCGGUCCUCACACGGCGAGGUCUUAGCAUGGCUCUGAGGUGACGGUGCCAGGAUUUGUGCUGCGAUGGAAAAGUACGAGAACCUGGGGCUCGUGGGGGAGGGCAGCUACGGCAUGGUCAUGAAAUGUCGACAUAAAGACACUGGACAACUUGUUGCCAUCAAGAAAUUUUUGGAGAGCGAGGACGACAAAAUGGUGAAAAAAAUCGCCAUGAGGGAGGUUAGAAUGCUAAAGCAACUCCGUCAUGAAAACCUUGUGAAUUUGAUAGAAGUGUUCCGGAGGAAGAAAAGACUAUAUCUUGUAUUUGAAUUUGUGGACCACACAGUUCUAGAUGAUCUAGAACGAUAUCCGAACGGACUGAACGAAACUCACGCCAAGCGGAUAUUGUGGCAGGUCUUGAAAGGAACGGAAUUCUGCCAUAAUCACAACAUCAUCCACAGAGAUAUCAAACCAGAAAAUAUCCUAGUUUCCAAGUCAGGGAUAGUCAAGCUGUGUGACUUCGGGUUUGCGCGGACGUUAGCAGCGCCGGGGGAGGUCUACACAGACUACGUGGCCACGAGAUGGUACCGAGCACCGGAGCUGCUAGUAGGGGACACCAAAUAUGGCAGGGCUGUUGACAUCUGGGCAGUUGGAUGUCUGUUAGCAGAGAUGCUGACGGGAGAGCCCCUGUUUCCCGGGGACUCUGAUAUCGACCAACUCUACCACAUCACCAAGUGUUUAG